CCGGGGCGUCACAAUGGCGCCCGGUUCCCGUGGCAACGCCCGGGCGCCGGCGGCGAGCGGACGGGAGCCGAGGCCCAGACUCGGCGCUGAGGCUCCACUCGGCGGGAAGCCGGGCGCAGCCCAGCACGAGGCGAGGAGGCCCGGGGGCUCCGGAGACGGGGGUAGCUCCUAGACAAUGAACUUCCAGGUGACAGGCCUGGGCCUGGACAAGAUGAAGCUGGACAGUCCGCAGUCCUUCCUGGACAUGGAGGAGGUGGAGGAGGUGGAGGAGCAGCAGCUACUGGAGCCAGAAGCUUGGAGGACCUACAUGGAGCGGCGCAAUGUCCUGCGCGAGUUCCUCACCACAGACCUGAGCCCCCACCUGCUCAAGCGCCACCACGCCCGCAUGCAGCUGCUCAAGAAGUGUUCCUACUACAUUGAGAUCCUCCCCAAGCACCUGGCCCUGGGGGACCAGAACCCACUGGUGCUGCCCAGCGCCCUGGUCCAGCUCAUCGACCCCUGGAAGUUCCAGCGCAUGAAGAAGGUGGGCACGGCGCAGACCAAGAUCCAGCUCCUGCUGCUCGGGCACCUGCUGGAGCAGUUGGACCGGGGCCACGCAGAGCUGGAUGCUCUGCUCGAGUCACCUGACCCACGGCCCUUCCUGGCCGGCUGGGGGCUGGUGGAACAGCAGUUGGCAGACCUGUCUGCGGUCAUGGACAACUUCCUGGCCAUGAUGGUGCCGGGGCGCCUGCACAUCAAGCACCGCCUGGUGUCCGACAUUGGGGCCACCAAGAUCCCACAUAUCCGGCUCAUGCUGAGCACCAAGAUGCCGGUCAUGUUUGACCGCAAAGAGUCGGUGGCCCAUCAGGAUUGGGUCAGCCUGCGCUGGUUUGUCACCGUCCAGCCAACAGCACCGGAGCAGUUUGAGCUGCGCUUCAAGCUGCUGGAGCCUCGGACACAGCAGGAGUGCGCACAGUGUGGCCUGGUCCCUGUGGCUUCCUGCACCUUCGACGUCCACAAUCUGCUGCCCAACCGCACCUAUAAGUUCACCAUCAAGAGGGCGGAGAGCUACACACUGGUGUACGAACCCUGGCGGGACAGCCUCACCCUGCAGACCUUGCCGGGGCCUCAUGGGGCCCCACCUAGUCCCAGCCUCAGCCUGCAAACCUCACCAGGGUCCCGAGGGGCCACGCCCAGCCAUAGUCUCACCCUGCAAGCCUCACCGGGCCCCCCUGGGGCUGGGCACACCCAGCCGCCCCUGACUGCACCUUCCGAGAGAUGAGUUUCUAGUAUUUAUCCACUAAUAAAGAGGAGUAUACACACAGAAUCACACACCCCUAUUUAGGUUUUAAGGCAGCAGCAUAUGUGUUUUCCUGACAGCCCCCCAGCCCCCCACACCUGACAUCCCUCCCAGGGAGCCCAUGGUGGGCCUUCCAGGACAGCGGGCCACUAGAGUAAGAAGUGCCAGCCCCUGACAGCAGAGAUGAGCACUGCUCCCAGAGGACCCAGCCACCCCUGCCCCAGCACCCUUCUCCCAUCACACCAGGCUCUGCUUUCUCCUCUGCCUCCUAGCUGGGGCUCCCCGAGGGGGCUGACACUCAGAGCCCCGUCUCCACACCACUGGGGCAGUCGUAGCCCUCCCUUGUGCUACCAUGCCCAGCUUCCUUGCAGCAAGAGGGCCCGGGGCCUAAAUGACAUUUGAUUUUAAAAUAAAAAAAAUGUUAUUUUUCUCCCCCCAAGAAAAGCUGAAGUUCGUUGGCACCCUAAGGUGGGUGAGGGUCUUGGCAAGGGAGCCUAUGCCACAGCUCGAGAGGUGUGGCCCUCCCCCAGUCCACCGACCCUCUGUCAGCUGUUGCUGUCUUCACGCAGGUUCCCAAGCCCCUCGCUCGGCCCGAAGAGCCCUCAGUCCUCCAGUGGGGUCACGUGGCCCUAGCACAGACGGGAGGCAUGGAUAUGCAGGAUACCUUGGGUCAGGGUGAGGGCUGGGAACGGACGUGCCACCCAGGCCCAGCCUGGUGCCCAGUCUGCAGGCCCAGGAAGGUAAUCUCCCAGAGGUAGGCAUGGGGCAGAGCCACGACUAGGGGAUCCUUGGUCCUGAGGCGUAGGUUCUUUUCUAGCACACAGCCUACAGCCUGUCAGCACCCUCGCCCACUGCCAUGCUUCCUGUUUGUUUCCCCGAUAUUGCAGGGCUUGCUUUCUCCUCAAGCUCCAACCCUGACUUAAAACCACUGUCAUUGCCUGGUACCAGUCAACCUCCACUCCCCGUUUCAAGGCCCCAUCCUCAGGGAACCCUCUAUGACCUCUCUGGCCUAUUUCAGGAGGUAUCUCAAAACAUGAUUCUUUUAUAGUCACUCAAGAAAUGUUUCCCAAGCAGUGCCCCCUGCUGUCUUCCUCUGGGACACACAGGCUCUGGGACCUCUGCUCCAGUGUGUCUGCAGCCUCUACUCCCUGGCCCGGGGGAGAGGGCAUGGCCUGCCAUGCUAUUCCUGUCAGCUGGUGCUGGACAAAGCUAGGAGACGCAGCCACAAAUUAGUCACAGACUGGGACUCCAAGCCCAAGUUGUCCCUGAGGAGGGGCUAUAGUGCCCAACAGCCCUGGAGAGAGAUUUCAGACUCUGCAGAGUGCCAAUCUGAGGAUGCUGGACCUAGCUGCAUAGGAUUCUCAGCGCUGGUGCACACUAGGCUGUGGGCUGGUCCUGAAGCAGGGGACGGGGCUCCCCAGCUGCGUCUGGUCCUGCAGCAGGGGACGGGGCUUCCCAGCUGCGUCUGGUCCUGCAGCAGGGGAUGGGGCUUCCCAGCUGCGUCUGGUCCUGCAGCAGGGGAUGGGGCUCCCCAGCUGUGUCUGGUCCUUGCCAAGCCUCCUCCUGCUUCCUGUGACAUGGCCGACACCCCUAGGUUGCACAGCCCACACCUUGGCCCAUCAAAUGGGAUGCCCUUGUUUUUAUCCCAGGUCUUAGGCUUGUCAGCCUCUUAGCUUCAAGCAGGAUGAAGCCAGUCCUUUCUGCUCCUAGCCAGACCCCAAAACACCUACAAGUGAGAAAAGCGUUCAGAGUAGCAUUUCUAAUAAAAUCAGUAUUUGGUCAUAUAAUGCUGAGUUUGAGAUUUACAAAACUCAGUAGAUUUUGAUUAGUAAAAAACAACAAAC